AUGGUUUCGAACAACGAAAUCACUAUGAGUAGCGUGGUACUCAUCACCGCUUCCGUUAUAGUUCUUUCUUCAGUAGUGUUAUAUCACUUUUUAUAUCGACGACGAGGUAUUCGCUGUACAUUCUGUCCGUUUUCUGGUUUUACUAGAAAAAAAUUAACUCUUGUGGAUCCUGAAGCAACAUAUCCUCUUCCUUUACUGCAAAAAGAAAUUAUUAACCACGAUACACGAAGAUUUCGUUUCAAGUUACCGACUAAUGAGCACAUUCUCGGUUUGCCUAUUGGCCAGCAUAUUCAUCUUUCAGCUAAGAUAGAUGGAAAGCUUGUUGUUCGUCCAUAUACGCCAAUUUCAUCCGACGAUGAUGAAGGAUAUGUUGAUUUGAUGAUUAAGGUUUACUUUAAGAAUGUCCAUCCGAACUUUCCAGAUGGUGGAAAGAUGACGCAGUAUCUUGAUAAAAUGAAGACGGGUGAAACAAUUAAUUUUCGCGGUCCUUCGGGAUUAAUCAUUUAUGAAGGAAAUGGUGUUUUUGCUGUGAAGACGACGAAAAAAGCAGAACCGAAACGUCGCAUGUAUAAAAAUAUCGGUAUGAUUGCGGGUGGUAGCGGUAUUACACCGAUGUUGCAAAUUAUCUCAGCAAUUAUGAAAGAUCCAGAAGAUCCUACUAAAGUAUCACUGAUUUUUGCGAACAAGGAUGAAUCCGAUAUAUUGCUAAGAUUUGUGAAUGCAGAAAUGAUCCAGAAGCAUUUACCCGGACCUGGAAGCGAUUCUGGCACAGUCAUCUUAAUGUGUGGUCCGCCGCCGAUGAUUAAGUUUGCUUGUACGCCAAGCCUCGAUAAAUUAAGUUAUCCGGAAAAUGAUCGUUUAAUUUUUUAA